UCUCAAGUUACACGGAUCGCGAAUGGCCAUUUCCAAGGACAGCCAACGCCACGCAUCAAAUAACAAACUUCCAAAUUCCAACUACUACACCAUGGUACGUAGCAGGCAAAUUUGUCCGGUCGGAAACCAAAUCCUCUCGUUGGUACAAGUGAUGAAUGAAGUAUAAGAGCGGGGCGACUCCGCUAAAGGCUUGCAGACGCAUCCAUGAUGGAUCCAACGCCUCCCAUGCUUGCCCGCGCGGGCGGGGGCGGGGAGACUAAAAUUAAAUUAGUCUCAGUCAGUCAGUCAGUCUCGAUUGCAAAUUACGAUGACCGGUGACUCAACCCCUCAUUUAAUCCAGUCACUUAUCUAUCUGCUCACCCUCCAGCCAGCUGUUCUGUUCCCUCCACUUUUCUUCACAGUUCUUCAACCGCCAUGACAGCAGCUGGGACCAUUCGUGUCCCCCAGAAGGAUGGCUCGCCUCUGCGACUCGAGUUCGCCACAAUCGACGAUCUGAAUGAGAUCACCGAUCUGUGGUACAAUGCCUUCUCACCCGGCAUGUUAUUCCUCUGGCCGGACACCCCCGGGGUGCGCCAGUGGUGGAACGAAGCCAACCGCCAUGACAUGCUCCACAAACCCAACGCGAAGUAUCUCAAGGUCGUGGACACAGCGCAGAAUGGCCGCAUCGUCGCGUACGCCAAGUGGUCGCUGGAGACCGCCGAAGAGCGCGGACCACGGUGGCCCGCGUGGCAUUCCGAGAUGGACCCGGCCUUGAUGGAUAAAUUUCUGGGCCACUUGGAGACCAACCGGGCGACGGCUGUCGCAGGUGCUCCCAAGAACUUCUAUCUUGAUAUGCUCGCGACGCAUAGCGACUACCGGAAACGGGGCGCGGCACGCUUGUUGCUGGAAUGGGGGUGCGAGGUGGGCGACGAAGAGAAUGCGCACAUUUAUAUCGACGCGAGCACCGACGGCCAGCCGGUCUAUCAGAAGUUCGGCUUUGUGAGCAAGAAUGAUCCUUUGGUCGAUCCGUUCGAGGUGGCGGCCAUGGUGAGACAGCCUGGGUGGAAAUCGGUUUGACGUCAACGUGUCCAGGUGUUUUGGAACUGCAGAUCAUGAGAUGGUACAACGGCACAUUCUAGCAGUGAGGUGAUUGACAGACAUAGAUAAUUUGGUUAACAUUGAGAAAGCGUGGUACCUCCUUACCCACCGCAGUGCAUCUCAGAUCCUGUUUUUGGCUAGAUUAAUAUAAGGCCUUGGCAGAUGGAUGCACCCGGUUAGUUGACGUAAACUCAAGUGAUCUCGCAGGGUGUAUGCGAUCAUCGACUUUUUAUACUCUGCUUUCGAGGACAAGUCGUCCUGAUAGCUUUUCAAGAUCGCAAUUGGACGUUG